GUAGCGAUCUGCUUACGCUUUGUUGCAUGUGCUAAAAAGGUACCAAACUCUUCGCUGACGACCACACCGCUUUCUACCGCUGACCUGGAAUCAGCUAGACUGCUGAUUAUAAAACUGAUUCAGAGUUACUACUUCACUGAGGCUAUAAAAAUCCUAGUUCAAGGCAAUCAGCUACCAUCUUCACAUUAUCUAUUGAAAUUAACACCGUUCAUCGAUCAUCAAGGUGUUCUACGAGUUGGUGGACGGUUGAACCACUCUCAACUUGAUCCUGAGCAAAAAUAUCCAGCUAUUUUGCCUCGAGAAUCUCCGCUUACUUCGCUACUCAUCACUGAAGCCCAUCAUAAAACUCUUCAUGGUGGUACUCAACUUACUCUUGCUUACCUGAGACGGUCGUACUGGAUAAUUGGUGGUCGAGCGCCAGUACGAUCAUUCAUCUUACGCUGUGUCACUUGUGCACGUCACCGAGGACUUCGAGCCCAGCAGCUAAUGGGACAACUACCAUCUACUCGAGUCACACCUUCUAGAGCCUUUUUAUACACAGGGAUAGAUUAUGCUGGUCACAUCACUUUGAAAACCUGGAAAGGCAGAGGUGCAAAAACUCAUAAGGAAUGGAUCGCAGCUUUGUGUGCUUCUCAACUUCUGCAGUUCUUCUUGAAGUCGUGUCUGAUUAUUCGACUGAGACAUUCGUAGCAGCGUAUAAGAGAUUCGCUAGCCGUCGAGGCAUCUGCUAUUCUCUCUAUAGUGAUUGUGGUACCAAUUUCGCUGGGGCAGAUGCAACGCUAAAAUCGCUAUUCAAGGCAGGAUCAAAGGAACUUGGAAAACUCGCUACCCUUCUCUCCAACGACGGCACAAACUGGGUAUUCAAUCCUCCUGGGGCUCCUCACUUUGGUGGCAAGUGGGAAGCAGCAGUGAAAUCGCUAAAAUUCCAUCUUUCAAGAGUUAUUGGUGAAACUUUACUCACUUAUGAAGAAAUGACAACGUUCCUUCAUCAAGUAGAAGCCAUUUUGAACUCGAGACCACUCGCUCCGCUCUCUGAGGAUCCUGCAGACCUGUCAGCGUUAACUCCAGGUCAUUUUCUUAUCGGUGAGGCACUAAAUGCUGUUCCAGAACCUUCGCUGAGUGAACUCGCUGAGUCAAGACUCUCAAAGUGGCAACUUAUACAACAACGAACAGAACAUUUCUGGAAAAGAUGGUCCGCUGAGUGUCUACAACGCUACCAGGCCAUAUCAAAGUGGCAUCACGCUUCAAACGAGGUGAAAGUCGGCUCGCUUGUGCUCAUCACUGACGAAAGGCUACCACCAACAAAAUGGCCCCUCGCUCGAGUUCUCUCUCUUCAUCCUGGACGAGAUGGACUGACCAGAGUGGUUACUAUUCGUUCCGCUACCUCUACUCUGACCAGACCAAUCGCUAAAUUGUGUGUGCUACCAGUCGACGCCUUUGAAGAACCUUUUGUCAACGCUGUCGCCAAAGGGGGGGAGAAUGUUAAGAAAUUAGCGUGA